UGGGGGGGGGUCUGCUGUCGGUGCUUGAGUUGCGGGGUUCACGGCGUUUGUAGCGGCUCUGCUUCUCUCUGCAUCCACACACCGCGCUCCCGGAGGAGGAUGGAGGAGCCUUCCUGUCAGCCGCUGAGGGGAGCUUCAUCCAGCCGUGAGCAGCUCUCACAUCCUGGAACAUCACCGUGAGCGCAGGGUACCAGGACUCGUCGUGCUGCAUGGCCUCGGUGGCUGCGGGGUUCUGGGGUUCGUCCGUUUGCUGCUCGCAGUCCAAACUCUCAGGAAGUGGCAGCUUGAAACUGGGAAGAGGCCGCUCUCCUCCGCCCAUGUCGUCUGGCCGGAGAUGUUCAGGAGUGUCGGGUCUCGGGGGCGGAGCCGUGUCUCCGGGACCCGUGGUGGUGGAGGUGGCAGAGCCGGGUACCGGUGAGGGCCGCAGGGAGCUGUUCGAGGCCUGUCGGAGCGGAGACCUGGAGCGGGUCCGGAAACUGGUGACGGCCGAGAACGUGAACAGCAGAGACACGGCGGGCCGGAAAUCCACGCCGCUGCACUUCGCUGCAGGCUUCGGCCGUAAAGACGUGGUGGACUUCCUCCUCCAGAACGGUGCCAGUGUCCACGCCAGGGACGACGGCGGUCUGAUAUCGCUCCACAACGCCUGCUCCUUCGGCCACGCUGAGGUUGUGAGUCUGCUGCUUCACCACGGGGCGGACGCCAACGCCAGAGACAACUGGAACUACACCCCGCUCCACGAGGCAGCCAUCAAGGGCAAGAUCGACGUGUGCAUAGUGUUGUUGCAGCACGGUGCUGAGCCGACCAUCAGGAACACCGACGGUCGAACCGCUCUGGAUCUGGCUGAUGCGUCCGCCAAAGCGGUCCUGACAGGUGAAUACAGAAAAGAUGAGCUUCUGGAAAGUGCCAGGAGCGGGAACGAAGAGAAGCUGAUGGCUCUGCUGACGCCGCUCAACGUCAACUGUCACGCCAGUGAUGGGCGAAAGUCGACGCCGCUACACCUCGCCGCUGGCUACAACCGCGUGAAGACGGUGCAGCUGUUACUGCAGCACGGCGCCGACGUACACGCCAAGGAUAAGGGGGACCUGGUUCCUCUUCAUAACGCCUGUUCGUACGGCCACUACGAGGUCACCGAGCUGCUGGUGAAGCACGGCGCCUGCGUGAACGCCAUGGACCUGUGGCAGUUCACGCCUCUGCAUGAAGCUGCUUCCAAGAACCGCGUGGAGGUGUGCUCUCUGCUGCUGAGCUACGGCGCCGACCCCACCUUCCUGAACUGUCACAAUAAAAGCUCCAUCGACCUCGCUCCAACCACACAGCUGAAGGAGCGGCUCGCCUAUGAGUCCAGAGGUCACAGCCUGCUGCAGGCGGCGAGGGACGCCGACAUGGUUCAAGUAAAGAAGCAUCUGAGCGUGGAGACCAUCAGCUUCAAACACCCGCACACUCAGGAGACGGCGCUGCAUUGUGCGUCUGCCUCUCCGUACCCAAAGAGGAAGCAAGUGUGUGAAGUUCUGCUGAGGAAGGGCGCCAACGUCAACGAGAAGACUAAAGACCUGCAGACCCCGCUCCACGUGGCGUCAGAGAAAGCCCACAACGAUGUCAUUGAGGUUCUGGUGAAACACGAAGCAAAGGUGAAUGCGGUGGAUCAUCUCGGCCAGACGGCGCUGCAUCGAGCCGCUCGCUGCGGCCACCUGCAGACCUGCAGGCUGCUGCUGACCGCCGGCUGCGACCCGCUGCUCACGUCGCUGCAGGGAUUGUCACCGUCACAGCUGGGCAACGAGAGCGUGCAGGAGAUACUGCAAGCAGAAGGAUUUCUGAUCGGGAACUCUGAAGUCGACCGACAGCUGCUGGAAGCGUCCAAAUCAGGAGAUCUGGAAACCGUCAAGAAGCUCUGCACAGCACAGAACGUGAACUGCAGGGACGUGGAGGGUCGGCAGUCCACGCCGCUGCAUUUCGCUGCCGGCUACAACCGUCUGGCAGUCGUCCAGUUCCUGCUGCAGCACGGAGCCGACGUCCAUGCCAAGGAUAAAGGGGGUUUGGUUCCUCUCCAUAACGCCUGUUCCUACGGUCAUUAUGAAGUCGCAGAGCUGCUGGUUCUUCACGGCGCCGUGGUCAACGUGGCCGACCUCUGGAAGUUCACACCACUGCACGAAGCUGCAGCCAAAGGCAAAUACGAUAUCUGCAAACUCCUGCUGCAGCAUGGCGCCGACCCAACCCGGAAAAACCGUGACGGUAACACCCCUCUGGAUCUGGUGAAGGACGCCGACACGGACAUCCAGGACCUCCUGCGGGGUGACGCCGCCCUGCUGGACGCCGCCAAGAAAGGCUGCCUGGCUCGAGUGAAGAAACUCUGUACUGGAGACAACGUCAACUGUCGAGACCAACACGGGAGGCACUCCACGCCGCUGCACCUGGCCGCGGGCUAUAAUAACUUGGAAGUGGCAGAGUACCUUUUGCAGCACGGAGCUGAGGUCAACUCUCAGGACAAAGGUGGACUGAUCCCUCUGCACAACGCUGCCUCGUACGGGCACGUGGAUGUGGCGGCUCUCCUCAUCAAGUACGACGCCUGUGUCAAUGCCACUGAUAAGUGGGCGUUCACGCCACUGCACGAGGCCGCUCAGAAGGGACGCACGCAGCUCUGCGCUCUCCUAUUGGCUCACGGCGCCGACCCAACCCUGCGGAACCAGGAAGGACAGUCGCCUCUGGACCUGGUCACAGCUGAUGAUGUCCGGGCCUUGCUAACAGCGGCGAUGCCUCCCUCCGCUCUCCCUGGCUGUUACAAACCUCAGGUCAUCAGCGUAGCAGCGUCCGCCUCCAGUGCUCCACCUGUCACCGCCAUCAUCCCACCACUCCUUUCCUCCAACCCUUCCUCGUCAUCCACCUGCCCUACACCUUCUCUCCUCCUGUCUUCUUCCCCUUCCACCUCUUCCUCCUCCACAUCUGCAGCAGCGACCAGUAACAUAGCUGCUGCUGCAAGCCUCACAUCUUCACCGCCGCCAUCGUCUUCAUCAUCCUCACCAUUUCCUGAGAUGUCGGCCCUGCUGUCGGCUGCUGAGGGAUCCCCGGGUGCAGAGAAGAAAGAUGAAGGGGCUGAGCUCAGCAUCUGUCAGUUCUUGAAGAACCUGGGGUUGGAGCAUCUUCUCGAGAUCUUCGACAGGGAGCAGAUCACUCUAGACGUUCUGGUGGAGAUGGGUCAUCGCGAGCUGAAGGAGAUCGGCAUCAACGCCUACGGACACAGACACAAGAUCAUCAAAGGAGUGGAGAGGCUCAUCAGUGGGCCGCAGAGUCUGAAUCCGUAUCUGACGCUGAACACAGCCAACAGUGGGACGAUCUUAAUCGACCUCUCGGCCGACGACAAGGAGUUCCAGUCGGUGGAGGAGGAGAUGCAGAGCACGAUCAGAGAGCACCGGGACGGCGGCCACGCUGGAGGAGUCUUCAACAGAUACAACCUGAUCAAGAUCCAGAAGGUCUGCAACAAGAAGCUGUGGGAGAGGUACAGCCACCGCAGGAAGGAAGUGUCUGAGGAAAACCACAACCACUCCAAUGAGCGCAUGCUGUUUCACGGCUCGCCGUUCGUCAACGCCAUCAUCCAUAAAGGCUUCGACGAGCGCCAUGCCUACAUCGGGGGGAUGUUCGGCGCCGGGAUUUACUUUGCAGAGAACUCGUCAAAGAGCAACCAGUACGUCUACGGCAUCGGAGGAGGGACGGGCUGUCCGCUCCACAAAGACCGCUCCUGCUACGUCUGCCACAGGCACCUGUUGUUCUGCAGGGUGACUCUGGGUAAAUCCUUCCUGCAGUUCAGCGCCAUGAAGAUGGCUCAUUCGCCGCCGGGUCACCACUCCGUCACCGGCAGGCCGAGCGUUAACGGCCUCGCUCUGGCCGAGUACGUCAUCUACAGAGGAGAGCAGGCCUACCCCGAGUACCUGAUCACCUACCAGAUCAUAAAGCCUGAAGCCUCCGCAGACGGAUGAAGAAGAAGGAGUCAGGGAAGGAAAACAUGAAGAAACGCCAGAAUCUUCACUUACUGCAUGCAAGGAGAAAACUUUAUUUAUACCAUGUAUAAAACAUGUAGGUUUUUAUCAGAUGACUGUUUUUUUGUGGUUUUAUGCACUUUAUUGACUUCCGUCCUGAUGUGAUGUGACUGUUGAUUUCAUCCUUUUGUCGUUAAAAUCGUGUUAUUCACAUAUUUCAGGUCAUUUUUCAAAACGUCGCCAAAUUCCCAAAAUGCUGCUGCAACAAUUGAACGCUACAAACGUUUAGCGGGACUCUUUAAAACUGCCACCAAAUCCAUUUACUUUACCCACGCGACGCGUUGUUGAUGUUUGAACCCACGUGAUGGGAAGUUGCUGUAAUUGGCGGAUAAACGGGUUCAUUGCUCCCCGUCUUUGAAAACGGCGACGUAACGGUGAACGAACGACUCUGAAGAGCGAACGGUUGCUCGCUGCAGACAGAACGGUCAAAACAACCCUACAUGUUGCCUGGCAACCUCCUGACGAGAUGAAGAACUGACUUGGUUUCAUGGAGAUGUUACGUGUAUAUUUAUUUUUUGUACAAGCAUGUCAGUUCAUUAAUAUUUAUGAAGUGAAAAUAUCUUGUUGGUUUUUGAAGACCAGGUUUUCUCUGAAUCAGCCUGAACGAGCCGCAGUCUCUGAUUGGCUAGCGUUGUCACACAGUUCAGGAAAACCUGAAUGUGAUUCAUCAAACAAAUAUUUACCUGCUGCAGACGUACCUGUGCAGUCUUAGCCUGACUGCAGAUCUCUGACUUCAGAGUUAAUUAUAGGAGAUUUAUUUUGUUCAUUUUCCAGCUCAGUGUUUUUAUCCCAGCACAGAAAAGCUUUUUAUGAUUCACAGUUUAAAAAAAUAAAUACAGCCCUUAACAAAUUCAUUAGACGACCUGUCAUAAAAACAAGGAAACACACAUAUUUUAGAAUUCUGUCAAAAACUUGAUUAAAACUAAUAAAUUAUAUUGUUACUUAUUAGGCAGAUAACAAAAAAUACACAUUUUUAUAUUCCAAAUUUGAGCCGGCUGGAUGUCUGUCAGGAGUUAAAAGCGUAUCAUUAAACUACUAAAACAACUUAAUUAAAAAAAAACUUCACAAUUUUUUCUGCUUUUUUGUGAAAACAGUAAAUUUGAAAAUUCAACAAUAACAAUAAUUAAAUUUUAGCAUUAAAAAAAUAAAAUUUAAUUAAAGUUUUUACACUUACUGGUGAAUUAACAUUACAGAAAAAUCAGAAAUGAUUUUGGUCCUUUCUAAUCGUUUAAAUUUAGGGCAGCUGUGGCGUCAAAUAUAAAUUUGUUAAUCACUCUUAGUAUGUAUGUGAUGCUGACCUCGGCCAGGCAAACUGCUUCAGCUCCUGACUCUUUAAGCCCCGCCUCUCGAAAAGCUCAAUUUUUUUCUGACUGGCCAAAAUAAGGAAGCCUUCCGAGGGGCAGUGCUUGUACUUUAAUAUAAAAAAAACAAAAAAACAGGGACCACUUUAAUGCAGGUUCAUCAGAUUCUUUGAUUUUUUUUUUUGUCACAUUUAAUCCAGACAUCAAACAUAACUUAAAGCUAUAUUUGAUAGAAAAUA